CGAUUCUUUCACGACAAUGGCUGUUAGUACGAUUAGCUUUGGUGUUUGAACUGUUGCUCAACAGUGACAACAAAUUAUUUUGUUGUCUUUAGUCUUUACAAAUCUGUUUAAGUAAUUUUCUGUAUUGGAAAUCAAUGGGAAACGAUUUUUUGACCCACUUGUAAAGUUGCCCUUGGUUUACAGAUAGCUUUGGAAAUGUGAUGUUGACAAAUUUCCGCCAUGGAAAACAUGUGGGAGUACUUGGAAAGUGCGCUGGUGUACAGCAAAGGAAAGCCAUUCUCGUCGUUGCAGCAGAUCUUCUUCUGUGCUGUCGUCGUAACGACAUGCAUCAAUAUCUUCCACUGUGGCUUCUUCUGGACUGUGAUAUUUGUUUUGGUGUCUGCAUUCCUGGGUGGGGCGACGUUUCUCCUCAUUGUGGAUGAGUCCAAUGGAGGAAUUGUGGCGGAAAUUCGUAAACUUGUUAAACUGCUCCGUCUGUAUCCAUCAUUCGCCUGGCUGCAGCGCUUUUUUCCUGAAGUGGAAGCCCCGAAACCGGCAUACUCCGGAGCGAGUCGAGCCAGUACAACGAUCGAGCGCACGGGAUUAUCGAGUGUCAGUUUGGAGCGAAUUUAUCCAUGGAUGAAUUUGCAUGCGCCCAAAGUGUUGGACGAUGCACUGACGCGAUUUUUCGAAAUUAUUAUUAAUCAGUAUGUGAUUAAAGACUGGUAUCAUCUGGUGCAAGUGCGAAAGAAUUUCGUUACGGAGAUACGCUGGGGACUGCGAUUUAGUGCAAGUCGGUUGGCACGUAAACUUUCCUCGGCGGAUUUCACGCGGUUAAUUCACGAGAAAACCACGCGCGCCGUUGUCAGUCACAUCUCCGUGUAUUUGCAAUUGCGCCAUUUGGCGAAAACUUCCCACGAAACGAAUUUGGAAGCCUUACUGAAGAAGCAUGAAGAAUUGUCGCAUCCGGCUCUGAAAUCAGAGGGCGACGAGGAUUUUUUCUACUAUAAUAUCUCGCGAAAAUUACUGUUAUCGCUGCUGCCGCGCGAGUAUCGCCGGUUUCCGGCGUCCGUUGCGGUUUUGCGUGAAGUAUUGAUUGAGAUGGUGUUGAAAGUCGCCGUGGAGAGUUUCUCCGAACCAUCCCGAAUUAAUUACCUGGUGGCUGUGGGACUCAGUUCUCUGGGACAGCAAGCGGAAGCCGCCACGGUGGAAACGGAAGACGUCGAUUUGUCGCCGGUGCCGUUUUUAAAAAAUCUCGUGAAUGACGAUAAACAGCCGAGUACGAUUCAAAAAGUGCCGUUUAGACAGAUCCUGAAAGAGACCUCGUUGAAGAAUAUUUUUGAGCAGCAUCUGAAAGCGCUGGGAUUAGAGGAUUUCUACCGUAUCCAUGAAUCGAUGGAAUGGAUUAAUAAAUUUCUGGAUAGUGCAGUGCUGGGAGAAGCCGCGAUGAAAUCCACCUAUGCUAGUGUGGCCAAGUUGAAAAAGGAGAUUGAGGCAGCCCGGGUAAAAGGGUAUGCAUUUCCGGCCGGGUUUGUGGAAGAUGUUGAGGAUGUGGUAAAAACCGGCAUCAGUGGAGUUCCAAAAUUGCGCGGUUCAUCGGCAUGGAAAGAAACGUGUAAACUCCUAAUUUCGUUGAUUGAAAAUAUUUUAGUGCCGGGCUUUCAGGAAACGCGGUUGUAUCAUCACCUUUUGAUUCCUCCAACCGAAGAGAUUUCUAAACGACGCAGACGGGCGUUGCAGCAACGUUCUCGUCAGGACAAUCCGGCUUCCUUUCAGCAGUUGAGCGAAACCGUCCGCGGAGCUUUUAAGGAUGUCCCUCCGGUGGUAGAACGGCAGGAUUUGUAUGACGAAUUCGACGGGCAAUCGCAGUUCCCGGAAGACGACUUCGUCGAUGAUCUGGAUAGUGAAAAUCAGUUCAACGAGGAUGCGCUGGGCUCUACACUGCGUGAUUUGUUGUACUACGAUUUAACUGUCAAUCGCGCUGAGCGGCGCAGGGACGACCGCGGAAAUGUUUUUAUGGUGUUGAACAUUAUGAUACUCGAUCGCGGCCCUUUGAGUCCAGAUCAGGGAAAAGUGUGGUCAGUACAGCGGAAAUAUUCAGAGUUUUAUAUUUUGGAUGCCAAAAUUCGCGAAUUCCACGGAACACUGGACGCGUCCAGCUAUCUUCCUCCGAAACGCGCUUGGUUUGCGCCUACAUUGGAGUAUCUCCAGAUGCAUGUGGGGAAUUUCGAGCGGUUCUUGAAAUCGUUGAUCAAGGAACCCAAAUUACGAUACAGUCAAAUGCUGUACACGUUUCUGGCUACUACGGUUGAAUUUGAUGCAUCAUCCGGUUUUCCCGAUCUUGGACUGAGUCGAGUGAUGCGAUCCGUCCCUCAGAUACUGCAGUCUGAACGCGGCCAGAAUGUUGACACCUUCAUAAGGUCCUUAUUGAACUCUGCAUUGCCACAGACUGGAAAAAAUUUUAAAUCAGCCAGUGAAGUGUCGCCCAGCCCUUCUGAUUUCGUUGAAAUCGUCGAUUCCCAGCAGUCGUAUCAACGGUUGCACGAUAUUCCUUUCGAUCUGCCAGAUGCGAUGCUGCAGUCAAAGGGCACAGAGAAUGCGCAUGAUUUGGAAGAUAUUUUUGAUCAGCUAAUGUAUCUUCUGAGCACAGUGGCGCAGAUUGACCCGGAACUGCUUGGAUUAUUUGUUUGUUGUAAGAGUUUCGCGAAGCCGGUUGUGGGCGACGGUUCUUACUCUCUGGUGGAAAAAUUUGUAAAUUUCUUCAAGCAGCCUAAACAGUUGACCUUUCUCGUUGAUUUGCUAUCGGACGCGUUAACCGGAGCGUACCCUCCAGUUGACAGUGCGGAAAAGGAGCGAAGGGCGUCGGCGGCUCUUGAUCUGCUGAACAUGGUGAUGGACAACCCGAUGGUGGAAGUGAUGUGCGGGAAAAACGCAGAAAAUGUUACGAAACUGUUGUUUGACAUGGUCCAGUACCGGUUGCUCAAUAAACGUUUAGCGCUAGUUUUGCUUGAUCUAAUUAUCGAAGAAGUAUUUCCAGAAGUCGAUUCCAUGACUGCUUGCUAUGUGGAUGAACCGUGAUCUUCCUAUAUAAAACAUUUUUAGUUUUUACUUGUUAUUAACAAAAGUUUUGCAUUGAAAAUAAAAAAUUUG